AUGGAACACUCCCACUAACACAGUUACACUCACGCACAAGCACCCUCUCUGACAGAUAAGGCGCAUUCUUGCUGAACUGAAGCUGUGAAUCCACUGAAAGUGUUUACAUACUAAUAACAGAGGAAGCAGUCGGACAAUCACUCAGUCAGUUUCAUGACAACCAUGGCCAGUGUGGAGUCUGCAGACAGUAAUUCCACUACCUUCCUGGACUCUGAAUUUCGUUAUGUGCUCUUCCCGGUUUUCUACACCAUCUUCUUCAUCCUGGGCUUCUUCGCUAACCUCUACGUGCUGUUUGUCCUGCGCUGCCUCCGUCAGGCCAAGGCCAUGGGAGAAAUCCGCAUCUACAUGACCAACUUGACCAUCGCUGAUCUUCUGUUCGUCUGCGCUCUUCCCUUUUGGAUUAGCUAUUAUAUCCAUAAGGGAGACUGGAAGUAUGGAGACUUCAUGUGCCGGCUGACGGGCACCUUCUUUUUCAUCAACGGCUACGGCACCAUCCUCUUCCUCGCAGCCAUCAGCAUCAACAGAUACUGGGCGGUCACUCGGCCUCUGGACGCAGCCUCGUCAGACCACAGGGUUCGUGGAAUCAUAGUUUGUAUUUGCAUCUGGGCGUUUACUCUAGCCAUGUCUGUGCCUUCUCUGGUGAGUCCAGGGGUCAAUGAACACUUUAAAAACAACAACGUCAUACGUCGCUGUUUUGAGGGCUACCAGAAUAGAACUACUGAUGAGAAGCAGAAAGUGGCUGUCACUCAUUUUUUAAUAAUUGGAUUGUUUUUUGUUGUCUUUUUACUUGUUGUGAUAUGCAAUUUUCUUAUUGCUCGAGUCUUAGUUUCUCAAAAUCCUACCCUGUCAGAAAUUCGGUCUUCAGCAGCUUUGUCCAAAAAGUCCACUGUAUCCUCCACAUUAAAAAGGCCCAGAGGGGUGAAACGGAGGGCUCUGCAGAUGUUGUGGGCAGUGGUGGGAGUGUUUGUUCUCUGUUUCCUGCCCCACCAUGUAGUUCAAGGCCCCUGGACUCUGGCAGUGUUGGAGAUCGAAGAUGGCUUCGGCCACGUGAACUACAGUGGGGCCACCUGUCAGGUGCUGAAUGAUGCUCAUCAGAUCACCCUGGUUCUUAUGGGCCUCAACUGCGUUUUGGAUCCUGUAGUUUAUUAUUUUGCCACAGGGAAGUUUAGAAGGUUCAUCACAGCCCACAUUAAAAAGUUAAUAAAGGGAGAAGGAUGCUCUCAAACAAUCACCACACAAAUUUCCAUGGACAGCGGACAUCGUCUGAGUCAGAGACAGCAGAGCGAGCACCAACCGUCCAGAGAGGAGGGAUUAAAAUAACUUUAAUAUAAGUAUAAAAUCUGUAUUUCUUACUCGUGUGUUACAUUCUCAUGCUGAUGGUAAAGAUUACAAACAAUAAGGCAUUGAGGUACACACCUCUGGGACUAUAAACAGUUUAAUUUCAUGUCAUGCACGUCGCCAUCUGAAUUGCGGCAGAAAUUGCUACACUUCCUGUGUGAAGAAGAAACUGAAAAGCAGAAGUUUUGCAGUUUGUACUUUGUUUCUUUAACAUUCUACAGAGGGAUAGUUUCACCUGAUGAUGACAUCAGGAACAUCACGUGAAUCUGACUUUUCAUUUAUGGCUUAUGGUAGAAAUCUGAUGAUUCACUGAAACAAACAGAACUACUGCCUGUAACUAUGGACCUAUUUACUGUAUGUGUGUGGAACUGUAUUUUGUAUUUACUCUGAGCUUUUGAUUUUUUUUUUCUAUUAAG